GCGCAACACAGCUGUCAAGAGAGCGACGUUAGCCUUCUGCUAUCAGUGGCGGCUCACUCACUCACUCACUCAUGGGAUGUUUUUGUUUACAUCUUACGAUGCAGUGAUAAGACUCGUACCGCGCUGAAUUAGUACUGAACACUUUUAACUGAGCAAAAAAUCCGACCAACAUGGAACUCAGCCAGUAUUCCGCAGCGUGCCGCUUAUGUCUGAGGUACGACACCACAUUCUACGAAAUAUUCAACAACAAAGCCGUUGAGGAGAAAAUUCGGAAGGUGUUCAAGUUCACGCUCCGAAACAGCUAUCAGCUGUCGCAUCUAAUUUGCCUGCCCUGCCACGAGAACCUCAACCGCUUCGAUGAGUUUGCGGAUGUUGUUCGGAAGAAUCAGGAUUUCUUGAAUCACCUUCACGAAGGUCACUCGCACCCGGAGGCAGUAGAUGUGGUCACCACUGUGAGCGGUACUAAUCCUUGGGGCAUCGAACAUCCGGCGGUUGACUGUGAGCCCAAAGUGCAGGAUGACGGACGUCCCGCUUCAGAAUGCGAUGUACCCGAAGGGGCACGCGGCUCCGGAUCGCAGAAGGUUCAAAAGAAGUACAGUCCCAGGUCCAAGGGGAACGACAUCAUUAGGAAAUAUCUGACUCUGUAUUGCGAUGUUUGCGGUGAAAAUUCGGAGCAUUUCGAGAAUUUUGCCAAAUUGACAAAGCACUUCAAAAAAGAGCACUACACUCGAGGUUAUGCCAUCUGCUGUGAUCGAAAGUUCAUCCGGAAGGAUCGCCUGUUGGAUCACAUCACAGUCCAUCUCAAUCCUAAUGCGUACAAGUGCACCGAAUGUGGCCACCGAAGCAAAAGUGCCCUGUUGCUCGAGGUUCACCGGAAGCAGCACAAUAAAAGCGAUCGUCGGUACGUCUGUGACCAGUGCGAGCAGACUUUUGUGACCAAGUCGCAGCUGUACAAUCAUACGGCCAAGCAUGGUGUCAAGCGACACGUAUGCAAUACAUGUGGGAAGGCAUUUGGACACAAGUUCCUUCUCACAAAACACCGAUUGAAGCACGAGAACUCGCCGAAAUUUAUCUGUGAAAUUUGUGCCAAACAACUCGCAACGCUGAGCAGUUUGAAUUGCCAUAUGAAAGCUCACAACCAGGCAUCGGACACGAAGGUGCAGUGUCACGUCUGUGCCAAGUGGUUCAAAAAUGCCGAAACGCUCCGGUCGCACGUCAACGCCCGGCACAAGGAUCAGCGCGACCAUCGGUGCGAACCGUGCAAUAAGGUUUAUCCCACGGGAAGCGCCUUGCUGGAGCACGUACGCAUGGUUCACCAGAAGGAUGCCAAACAUAGCUGUGACCAGUGCGAUAAGAGAUUUUUCAAGAAGUCCAUUCUGACGGAACACAUCAAACGAGCCCACAGCGGACCGACGCCGAAGGCACUCUUCCAGUGUGAAUUCUGUGAGAAAGAAUACCUGCACAGUAACAACUACUUUUUCCACCGGAAGAAGGCACAUCCCGAGGAGUAUGCUCGGUUGAGACUUGAAAGGGAGCAGCAGCAGCAGCAACAGUUGGCGGUGGUGAAUGACGCGGGAGAUGCUUCAAAGGCGCAGUCCAGCUGCGCCAAAUAAAGUUACCGGGCUAUUUAUGUUUUACCCUCCUGCUGUAUUUUAAUUUAACCGUAAAACUAAACCUGAUUAAAUAUAACAAUGAAACAUUAAGUAAAAUGAAUCUAUUAAGAGUUUGCAUGAUGUCUGCAUUGCUCCGACCGAGAAAUGGUUGUCCGGGAAAUGU